AUGCAGAGUGAGACUGAAAAACAAAGGAGUACGAGUCCUCCAGGUGCGUUACUUGGUUUAUCACUUGAAGAAAAAAUGGAAGUUGAUGGAAGAUCGGUUUAUGUGGGCAAUGUUCAUUAUGGAGCAACAGCUGAAGAAUUAGAACAACAUUUUUAUGGCUGUGGUUCUAUAAAUCGUGUGAAAAUUUUAUGUGACAAGUACUCAGGUCAUCCUAAAGGGUUUGCAUAUGUUGAAUUUGAGGACAAAGAUUCUAUUCAGACUGCUAUGGCGUUAGAUGAAUCACUUUUUAGAGGAAGACAAAUUAAAAUAAUGCCAAAAAGAACGAAUCGACCGGGAAUUAGUACCACAGAUAGACCACCAAGAGGACGUUAUCGAGGACGUGGGAGACCAUAUACUCGAGGAGUUUAUUUUGGAUAUCGUCCAACCAGAAGGUCAUACAGGCCUCCACGCUGCAGAACUUAACUCUCCAGCAGCUUUUCCAUCUUCCUUACUUUUUCAUAAAUGUAAAAAAUAAAAAAAGAUGUAAAAAAAUUGUCGAAUAAAAAUAUAUGUGUAAAUAAAUAAAUAAA